AUGUGGUUUAGUUUGAAUAGAAGAUACAAAUGCAUAAAUACCUUUUUACUUCUAUUUCUGUUAGUAACUAAUCUCACAACAGUAUUGGCUACAAACUCUUCUCAUACAAAUAAUUGGGCAGUGUUAGUCUCUACAUCUAGAUUUUGGUUCAACUAUAGACACAUGGCCAAUGUUUUAAGUAUGUAUAGGACCGUGAAAAGAUUAGGAAUCCCAGAUUCCCAAAUUAUUUUGAUGUUAAGUGAUGAUGUUGCAUGUAAUUCAAGAAAUCUCUAUCCAGGCAGUGUGUUUAAUAACAAGGACCACGCUAUUGACCUAUAUGGUGAAUCAGUGGAAGUAGAUUAUAGAGGUUAUGAAGUCACAGUGGAAAAUUUUAUCAGAUUACUGACCGAUAGAUGGUCAGAAAACCAACCCAAAUCGAAGAGACUGCUAACUGAUGAAAAUUCUAAUAUUUUUAUUUACAUGACUGGACAUGGUGGGAAUGAUUUCCUUAAAUUCCAGGAUGCAGAAGAGAUCGCUUCUGAAGAUAUAGCUGACGCCUUUGCACAAAUGUAUGAAAAGAAAAGAUACAAUGAAAUAUUGUUCAUGAUUGAUACCUGUCAAGCAAACACAAUGUUUUCAAAGUUUUAUUCACCAAACAUCAUAGCUGUUGGAUCAAGUGAAAUCGAGGAGAGUUCAUAUUCACAUCAUUCAGAUGUAGAAAUCGGUGUAGCUGUUAUUGAUAGAUUCACAUAUUAUACUCUGGAAUAUUUAGAACAAAUAGAAAAGAAUUCUACUUUGACUUUGAAAGAUUUGUUUGAUUCAUAUACAUUUGAAAAAGUUCAUUCUCAUACUGGUGUCAGAACAGAUUUGUUUCAAAGAGAUAUCAAGGAUGUCUUAAUAACAGAUUUCUUCGGUAACGUUCAAAAUAUUAUACCCGAAGAUAAACUCUCAACAUCAUACCAAGAUAGUAUCAGUGACGAGAAAUUAAAUAGUGAUAUCAAAGCUUUAGUACAACUAGCUAUGGAUGCUAAAUUUAGAAGAAACCACAUAUCUAAAUCUAUAGAAAAUAAUCAUACAAAUGACAUGAAGUCAGAUAAUAAUAAACAACAAGUUAAAAAGUACAAAUUAAAAAAUAUUAGCAAAGAUAAUAAUCAGUUCUCGAAUACACAUAUUAGUAAUAAAACAGGUUUUGCUAAAAUUCAUCUUCUUCCUAUUAUUGUUGGUAUUAUUAUUUUAAUAGUGUCAAAUUCUUUAGGAAAGAAAAUUUGA